AUGGUAAGCAGCCCUUUGUCUCAUCAAGCUCGUAACUCGGAAAAGGCCCAGUCUAUGCUGUUUCGCUUUCGCGAAGCCCAAGCAGCAGACCUAGGCAUCAUCGACGCCGGCCGCACCCGCCGCCCCAAGCUCAUCACCGAAGUCACAACCAUCCCCGCCUGCGAAAAAUGGCGCGGCCAAGUCCUCAAGGAGAUCUCGCGCAAGAUGUCCCGCAUCCAGGAGCCCAUCCUCAGCGACUACCAAAUCCGCGACCUCAACGACGAGAUCAACAAGCUCAUGCGCGAGAAGCACAUGUGGGAGAUACAAAUCCGCAACCUCGGCGGGCCAAACUACAUGCGCGGCGGCGGAAAAAUCUACGAUGAUCAGGGCCGCGAGAUACCGGGCAGCGGAAAAGGUUACAAGUACUUUGGACGAGCGCGCGAACUUCCCGGCGUCAAGGAACUUUUUGAAGCAGCGAAGAAUCAGGGCGAUGAGAAGCCGCUUGAGGAAAGACAUGAUAUGAGAAGGAAUGUGGACGCGGCGUACUACGGCUAUGCGCCCGACGAAGAAGAUGAAGAGUUACUCGCGUACGAAGCUGAGAAGGAGAGGCAAGCCGUGGACCACAUGCUUAAAACAGGACCGAGAGACGUGCCGGAUGGAUGGGAGGCUCUGCCUGGAGAUACGGGAGAUGGGAAUACGUGGGUUUUGCCGACGUUGGAGGAGGUGCAGGAGGAGCUGAUUGAGCGACGGAGGAGAAAGUUGCUGGAGCAGUUGUGA